AUGAUCAUCAACGUGAAGAGGUCCACCGUCGUGCGCCCCGCGGACGAUACUCCGAUCCGAACCGUCUGGCUCUCUAAUGUAGACCUACUAGUGCCAAGAUUGCACAUCCUCAGCGUCUAUUUCUACAGGCCCAAUGGCUCAUCUAACUUCUUUGAUCCUCAAGUGCUCAAAGAUGCACUGAGCAAGGCUCUGGUCCCAUUCUAUCCAAUGGCUGGGAGGCUUCAGAAAGACGACAACGGUCGGAUGGAGAUCUACUGCAAUGGAGAGGGUGCACUCUUCGUCGAGGCCGACACGGAUGCAGUCCUAGAUGACUUUGGAGACUUUGCACCCACCAUGGAAUUCAAGCGGCUCAUCCCGCCCGUUGAUUACUCUAAGGGCCUCUCAUCCUUCCCUGUCUUUAUAGCACAGGUAACGAAUUUCAAAUGCGGCGGCGUAUCGCUUGGUGUCGGUACAAUACACACGGUCGCAGAUGGAUCCAGUGGCCUACAUUUCAUCAAUCAUUGGUCAGAUGUGGCCCGCGGGCUUGAUCUCACCAUCCAACCGUUCAUCGACCGGACCCAGCUAUGUGCACGUGACCCACCAACCCCAUUGUUCCCCCACGUAGAGUACCAAUCCCCUCCUUCAAUGGACGGCCCAGAAUCCCUGAAACCUGAAACCAGCCCCAUCGUGUCCCUCUUCAAGAUCACACGUGAUCAGCUCAAUCUUCUCAAGUCCAAAUCCAAUGAUGGGCCCCACCAUGUCGUGAAAUACAGCUCCUACGAGUUACUAGCCGGACACGUGUGGCAAUGCGUGUGUAAGGCACGCAAUCUUCCGGAAGAUCAGAAAACUAAGAUGUCGAUCGUGACCGAUGGACGGACCCGCCUCAGUCCACCGCUCCCGAUGGGCUACUUCGGCAAUGGAAUCUUUGCCGCAACGCCAAUCGCGACCGCAGGCGAGCUCAUGUCGGGCCCACUAAUUCAUGCGGCUGGGAUAAUAAAGGGUGCAUUGGCACGGAUGGAUGACGUGUAUCUUAGAUCAGCGUUGGAUUUCUUGGAAGUGCAGCCAGAUCUAUCUGCGCUUGUUCGUGGGCCCAGGACAUUCGGGUGCCCGAAUCUCGGUAUCAUUAGCUGGGCCCGACUGCCGAUACAUGAUGCGGAUUUUGGGUGGGGCCGACCUAUGUUUAUGGGACCCGGUGGGGUCGGGUAUGAAGGUAUGGCUUUCGUGCUCCCGAGCCCUACCGAUGAUGGUAGCCUUUCGUUGGCUAUAUCAUUGCAAGCUGACCAUAUGGUCCACUUCAAGAAGCAUUUGUAUGACUUUUAGAGGCCGAUACGUUACAUCCGAAACGUAAAUGUUUCGGUCCGAUAUUUCGGUCAUUUGCUGAUCUUUUUUCUUGUUUUCUCUUUUGUUGUGUUGUGAUGUAACGGCCCAAAGAUGCCGUUUGUGGUUGUUGAAUGUGAAAAUCUAUCCUUGU